CCUUAUCCGCACCUGCCGUGCACCGUACGUGCGCCAUUCAGUGAUAAUUGUGUGUGCUGCUGCUGCUGCUAUUAACCAGUGCUGUGUGGCAAAGCUAGCACAUCCUAAUUCUAGUUGUUGGGGAACUCCUCGCGUUAAUGGAGCAUUGUGUGUUGUGAACGGAACUGCAGCACCGUGUAGAGUUCAACCGUAUCGACUACUUGAGCGAAUCUGUUCAACAGGAUCGAAUCAGCUGUUCAACUGUGCUUUGAAGUGUGUGGCCAAAGAAAAUACUUUUACUACAGUACGUUAACGUCUCAAAACAACCAAUCAUAUUGCAGCAUUGUGCAGCACUCAGUGGAGCUCGCGGCAUGAAUUUGGGUAGUUCCGGUGGAGGCGGUACCGGCACCUCAGCGAACACUUCUGGUGGCAGCAGCGGCGGUAGCGGAGGAUCCUAUUCGGCCGUCUGUGGUGGUGUUGGUGCCGGAAGUGCAAACAGUGCUAGCAUUAGUGCAGCAGCGAGUAGCGGCGGUUACGGUAGCGGUAGUGGAGGAUCCGGCAGUGAGAUGCCUGCGGAAAUCAUUCGCCCAAAGGUUGUGACGGUGAAACACCCGGAAUCGAACAAACCGAAACCAACCACCAAGAAGGGGAAAGCGAUCCAGGCCGACGUUGACGUGAUUAAGGAGUUUCAGCGCUGCAAGGAGGAAAACAUCCAACGACUCGACUUGAGCAAAUCCUCCAUCACCGUCAUACCCGCUUCGGUGAAAGACUGUACGAGCCUGGUGGAGUUUUACCUGUACGGCAACAAGAUCUCUUCCCUUCCGCCGGAGAUUGGCUGCUUGGCGAAUCUGAAAACAUUGGCACUGAAUGAAAAUUCGCUAACGUCGCUACCUGACUCACUGCAAAACCUGAAACAAUUGAAAGUGCUCGAUCUGCGGCAUAACAAACUGUCGGACAUACCCGAUGUGAUCUACAAGCUGCACACGUUGACCACGCUCUAUCUGCGCUUCAACCGGAUCCGUGUGGUGGGUGACAAUCUGAAAAAUCUAAGCAACCUGACGAUGCUUAGCUUGCGCGAGAACAAAAUCCACGAGCUGCCAGCAGCAAUUGGGCAUUUGGUUAAUCUGACGACGCUCGAUCUCUCGCACAAUCAUCUGAAACACCUGCCCGAAGCGAUCGGUAACUGUGUCAACUUAACUGCGCUGGAUCUGCAGCACAAUGAUCUGCUGGACAUACCGGAAUCGAUAGGAAAUUUGUCGAACCUAAUGCGACUCGGGCUACGGUACAACCAGCUCACGUCAAUUCCAGUGUCGCUGAAGAACUGUACGCAUAUGGACGAGUUCAACGUGGAAGGGAACGGUAUCAGUCAGCUACCGGAUGGGCUGUUGGCCAGCCUGAGCAACUUGACUACGAUCACGCUGUCGCGGAACGCAUUUCACAGCUACCCAUCCGGUGGACCUGCACAGUUCACGAACGUGACGAGCAUCAAUCUGGAGCACAAUCAAAUCGACAAGAUACAGUAUGGAAUAUUUUCCCGUGCCAAAGGUUUAACUAAGCUAAACAUGAAGGAAAAUGCACUAACCUCGCUGCCGCUCGAUAUCGGUACGUGGACGCAGAUGGUGGAACUUAACUUUGGCACAAACUCGCUGACGAAACUACCGGACGACAUACACUGCCUGCAAAACCUGGAAAUACUGAUCCUUUCCAACAAUCUACUGAAACGAAUACCGAACACGAUAGGUAACCUGAAGAAGCUACGCGUGCUUGAUUUGGAAGAGAACCGGCUGGAGUCGCUUCCAUCCGAGAUUGGACUGUUGCACGACCUGCAGAAGCUGAUACUACAGUCGAAUCAGCUCAGCGCGUUACCGCGCACCAUCGGUCAUCUGACGAACCUGACGUACCUGUCGGUUGGGGAGAACAAUCUGCAGUUCCUGCCGGAGGAGAUCGGCACGUUGGAAAAUCUGGAAUCGCUUUACAUCAACGAUAAUCCGUCGUUAAUCAAGCUACCGUACGAGCUGGCCCUGUGCCAAAAUCUGGCGAUUAUGAGCAUCGAAAACUGUCCCCUGUCGGCGCUACCGCCGGAAGUUGUCAGUGGUGGUCCGAGCCUCGUAAUACAGUACCUUAAACUUCAUUCGCCCUACCGACAAAUGUGAUUUGCUGGCUGAAGGACCGCAGUCUGCCGCGAGCGAUUUGUUUCUGCUUUGUAUACGUACAAACUGCUGCUGUUCAUCCACCGUGCCCAUGUCUCAUUGUGCUCUUCGGCCUAGCCGGGGCAACGUUCUUUCCGUUCUUGAUACAUAGGUGUGUUGUUUGUGCUCAUACGAAAGUCUACUAUUUACUGCACCGUUUUACGUUUAAAGUGUACAACUCAAAAGCAUUCAGCCACUUCCUUCUUCGAGACAAAUAUCCCAAAAAGAAAACAACUUAUUUGUAUCAAAUGAAAAUCACAGAAGAAAAAAAAAAUGCGUUUAAGUGCAUAAUUUGUGCACGCAUUAAAAAAGAGACAUACACACAAAAAAAAAACAAAAUGAAUCAAUGUGAUUAAAAUAAAGCUUUAAUGUUAUUGCUUAUUAAACGAAACAAAACAAAAGAAAAAAUACAACCUAAAACGUACUACUGCGUGGAACGUCAAAUUAGCGCACAGUGCAGAUUAAUGAUUGAAGGUGUAAUACCAGUGCGGUGCAUCAUGGACAUGUUACUAAAUAAGCUCGAAGCGGGAAACUAUAAAGAACAUCGAUCGAUUGUUUCUUAAACUCUGUGUGCGUGUGUGUUUGUGAAUGAAAAUUACUUUCGAGUUGAUCUCCUGUGCCUGCAGUUGUGUUGUGGUUUGCAAUGUACCUUUUUAAUUUGUUAUCGACAAUAGUGAAAUGAAGAACAAAUGUGACAAUAGUGAUAACCGCUCUGUACGCAAAUUGUGCGCGUAUUUACUGUGUUUGGUGAACACUUACGAAUGAUGGUUUAUUUGAGAUUUGAGUUUUAUGCUUGCGUAGUAAUUGCCAAGAGAGGGAUAUGGAUCGCCACAAGUAGUUAGAAAAUUGACUUCUUGGUUGCGUGUCUCGGUUUGCUGCACUGGCACAAAUGCUUGUACUGGAUUACGAUCGAUACUCAUGGGAAAGCUCCAUCGUACGCUGCAAAGAAAAGAUAAUUUUCACAAGCCAUUGCGUAUCCUUCGUAUAAAUAUGUUCACAUGUGGCGUACAUUGCAAUGUUUUGUUGAACAUUUUCAUUGAUCUCUGCGAAAAGCAUUGCCCUCUUUCGAUAGAGGAUUCGCGUAAACACUAAGCCAACAAUCAUACCAUAAAGGUAACAAUUUUAAUUGUUUUCAACAUAUUUUUGUACCAAUUUUACUGAUGAUCGUAGCGACAAUUCUGUUUCAGUUUUUGAUCAGGGAAGAAAAAAUACGUAAACUGUUCCAUAUAUUAUUAUCAACUGGGCAUCUUACACUGACGACGUUCUAAUAUUAACAGAAUGCCGAAAUCGAUUUUUAAUGUCUUGUUUUAUUUAAUUUUCAAGUAGUGGAAAAAGGAUUUGUUUGGAACGUUUAAUAAAUGCAAUAUAAGGAAUUCGAGUUUACAUAAUGAAACGAACUGCAACGAAUUUAAAGCUUUUGAACGAUGAGUGAACGAAAAAAGUCCCCUUAACCGAGAAGGAACGGUUGGAAAUUAAACACGCUAAAAGAAAUGAUGAACUAAAUUGCAAAUAGUAAAUAGGAAUGUGAUUCACUCAUAAGCUUAUUUGACUAUGCGUUUUAAAGAGAAUGGUCGAAUUUUGAACAUUUCAUACGUUGGUUGCGGAUAGGGAUCCAUUUUAAUCUAGUCAUAAUUCAAUAAUGUUUGGUUUAUUCCGUUGCACUUUGUGUGACCUGCGGCUAAAUUAAUGAUAAAUGUAAAAAAAAACACACACACGCACGUAUAAAAAAGAGUAAACAAUAUCGUUUAAGAUGGUAAAACAAGUAACAGAAAUUUAACAAUCCUGUACACAGCGAAAGUUAAUGAAUCAUAUAGCGGAAUGCAUACAUGGCCUAAAUAAUAAAUGUAGCGAUGAAAGGAUCAUACAUAAAUGUACGCGAGCAGUAAGUCAUUAAUCAGAAAGCGCAGUAAAUCAGCGGUAAAGAGAUGAAAAAAUGUAAUGUGUACAUUGAGAAUUGUUUCAUAAUGAUGAUGUAAAACAUGACGUAAAUGGGAAGCAGAAGUAGUAGUUUAAAUGUUGUAACAGAAUGAUGUACACAUAAUAGUAACAACUAUUAUUGUCCCAGCUACCCCGUUGAGACGGUUAAUUAUUUCAGGCAGAUAACGAUAUAUCGGAUUACUAUACCAUUAUAUAUAUGUAUAUGUAAGGUAGUAAGGAAUCCGUUAUACAAGCGUAACCCAGAAUGUAUUCGUCGAAGAUCGAAUUUAACAGCAAAAAUGGAAUUGACAUUUCUAGUAACAGAUACAUAAUUAAUAUGAAUGUCAUUCCGCUUGCCAAGAAAACCGAAAAAUGCAUAGACAGCGGUGCAUGUGCUUUUUCAAGUUACUGAAAUGGUAUGACCUUCGAAGGCUUGCAAUUGCAUAGUUGGAAAACAACAACAAAAAACAUACACAAACACGCUUCAUAGUUUGUGUUGCUCAUGUUCAAUUGCAUCCAUAUGUUCUCUAGCUGUAUCGCCGCACGGACAUUACAGCUAAUAGUUGCGAAUGCCAGUUCCAGGUGCCAUAUGCAUGAUUUGUGUGAAAACAGCAAGAUAAGAACAAGAAAAACAACCCAAACCUCAAAGAUUUCAUGUUUUUUAGCUCUUGUUUAUUGUCUUUACGUUGUAUUAAAGCUAUGUAUUUCCAAAGCAUGUGGAAGGAAGUGAUGGUAAUAGGGCGGCCGCGCCAUCAUGCACUUCUGCUACAUACUGCAAAUAUCCAAAAACAAAUCUGACAGAACAAACAAUUCCCUUUUGUUUGAUGGCUGAACAGUUACGCUGAACCACAGAAGAAGCAUCAAACAGGACGCUAUAUUUUAAUACUGGCGACGGCGGGGCCGUGUAGGAGAAGCAUGCCGGAGAAACUAAAAAAUCAGAUGCAGUAAUCCGGAGGCAUAGCACGUAAGAUAAACCUAGACACUAACUGUUUGAUUAUGCUGAGAGCAAAAAACUAUAUUUAAUUUUUAUGUAAUAUAAGAUAGAUUACCUAUGAUCGUACAUGAGAUAUAUGGAGAUAUGCAUCCUUUUUUUUUUGACUAACAAGCAAGGAAAGGCAGUACAGUGGCAGUGGCCGGAGAUAGCGGAGGGAAGCGAGGGGAGCAGGAGGAAGAAUACGAAAAUAUAAUGCGCACACAAAUAAAGUAUUCUGAUUCGUAUAGCAUAAGCAGAACCAUUCGAAGAUAGGAAAGAUGGCAACAAAAAAAUAAUAUAAAGUUCGUGAAAUAGAAAUACACGACAAGCGUUAAAUAAAGUUGCAAAUAAACGAUCGCUGAUGUUCGAGACAUCGACGACAAACAAGAAACGAACCCGUUGACAAAAAGGGUUCCAAAUUCCCUACCGUCUGCAACCUAACGGAUGCAAGAUUCACGAACGAUCGAACAUCGUUUGAUAACGCUAGCGAAAGUAUAAUACAAUGUAAAAUUAUUACUCACUAGGGCUUCUCUAGUGACUGGGGUGGUUGUGAAUCAGCCCGUAACGAGUAGUAAGGUAAAGAAGAAACAAAACAAGUUAUAAACAUACCUUAGUACAUAUGAUACAAUUAUGCAAUAUCUGGCAAACGAAUAAAAUAGUAUGAUACAAAAGUGGGAAGUUAAGAAGAAAAGGAACACACACACACACACACACACACACAUGUUCGCGCAUACACAAACAAACAAAACAAAGCAUACAGCGAAAACAUGGUUGCAAAUUUGAGAUGUAAGAACAAAAAAAAAACACUGAACGAUCGUAUCCGUAAAUCCGUAGACAUCAAACAUUAUUAUGUUUAAUCGACUCAAAUGUUCUUGUUCAAAUACGAAAACCACACGAAAGGGUGAAAGUAGUACACAGAAGGACAAAAGAAAGCUCUCUGCUGCGAUUGUUUGCGAUUUUCUAGCUGAAAUUUUGUGGAUUACAUUAAUUUUUUCAUCCAACAGUGCACUUGAAUUGAAACGAACUUUACUUAAGUUCGGUGCCAUUUAGGGGCUUCUGUGUUCUUUUUCAUUGACAGGCCAUGCACUAGCAACACUGGUGGAAUUAGAUAAGCUGUGUCGUAGAAGCAUCCUAUUUUUGUGUGGUUCCCGUGUGCCAAAGCCCCCCCAACAUUGAUUAUAAUAAGGUAGCGAUCGAAACAAAACACGAAAAAACCAGAACUUCACUCCUUUGUAAUAAAAAGGACAAUCGCAAAUAACGAAAUACGCCGACGAAAUAUUGUUGCAACCGAGUGUUAUUCCAUUGCUUCGCAGUAAAAUCCGUUUUAUUUUUGUCUGCCCUUGUGCCACACGCAAAACCCGCACGGCUCGAAAGGUUUAAAUAAGUGGUCUGAAGCAUAAACAAGCUAAUAGUUUUACACAAGUUUUUGUGAGGUACGAAUGGGUAAAAUAAGAAAAGGGGCUCUAUUUCAGCGUUAGUUCAGGCGGAAAAUAAUUUCUCAAACCAAUUCAUAAAAGAAUAAUUGAAAUUAACAGCACAACAAAAUAUGUACUAGAGAGAAUACUGACAAACAAAUGGGAAACUGACGAUGACAAAAUUUCAUAAAUAAAUGU